AUGAUGCUCUUUCUUGGCACUAUUUUGCUGGGUUUGUUGCAUGGGUCCGUCGCACAACACGACUUGGAUCUUUACUCCUUCGUUACACUCCCCGAAGUCCGGGCGCUAAAGUUCGAAAUCGAACAUAUUGAUCGUGAGCGCCAAGCACCGGGUUAUUGGUUCGUUGCGCCUUAUGGCCAAAUCGACCCCGAGGAAUCGACUCAUCGGUACCAACAAUAUCAAGUUGGACCGUAUAUUUACGAUAAUGAUGGAAAACUUGUCUGGGCCGGAUCCCCGUUAUACGACAACCGUAAUAUCUUCGAUUUCAAAGCGAACUGGAACAUUGAUGAUCAACCCCACCUGUCAUUCAUCCUUCAACAUGACGACCAUGUGAAGGGCAGUGGAAUGAUUAUGAACAACAAAUACGAGGUCGAGCAUGAGGUCGGGGUCGUUAAUGAUAUCCAGUACUUCAACAUGCACGAAUUCAAUAUCAUGGAUGGUGGUCAGACUGUUCUUGCUUGCACAUAUCGCACCCAAACUAUCAGCUUCGAGGACUUCGGCCGGCCCGAUGAGGAGACUUGGGCGCAGACGGGUGGAUUUGUAGAGCUGGAUAUCAACUCAGGCGAUGUUCUGUAUGAAUGGGACUCUCGCGAUCGGAUCCCUGCACACGAAUCUGUUAAGCUACAUUCUUGGAGUUCGACCAGUGACGCACCUGGCUCAGACUACGUUCAUAUUAACGCCGUUGAUAAGAAUUACGCUGGUGAUUACAUUAUCUCUAUGCGAUUCACCAACACUAUCUAUGGAAUUUCGGGUCAGGAUGGCAGCAUUAUGUGGCGACUCGGUGGAUCCGAAAGCAACUUUGAUCAGGAUUUCACCUUCCAUAAACAACACGACGUCAAAUUCCUCUCAUCCAAUGAAACAAUGCAUGUUAUCUCUAUGAUGAACAACGGUGCCGAUGAGGGAGAGGCCGAUGAGCGUAUUUCCGCUGCCCUGCACAUUACCCUCGACAUGACCACAAUGGAAGCCAGAGUCAUCAAGCGCAUCGAGCGACCCGACGGCGGCCUUACCCGUCUUCGCGGCAAUGUUCAACAACUGCCCAACCAGAAUACGUUUGUCGGAUGGAGUCAACAGGGUUACCACUCCGAGCACGCGCCUAACGGUGAUGUAUUGAUGUGGGCAAAGUUCGCCUCCGACAGAUUCUCCAGCUACCGCUCUUACAAAUUCGACUGGAUUGGUCGCCCAUCCGACCCUCCUGACGUCGUCUCAUCGGUCUACGGCACAAAACUCGAAGACGUCCUCACCAUCAUACACGUCAGCUGGAACGGCGCCACAGAUGUAGCAGGAUGGAACUUUUACGCACGCUCUUACGAAGACGGCAACAACGUCUUCAUCGGAUACACCGCAAAGACUGAUUUCGAGACCAUGUACCUGGCUGAUGGAUAUAUGGAUUGGGUUUCCGUAGAGGCUGUCGACAAGGACGGCAAUGUCCUCGGCUCAUCAGAAAUCCACCGUACUGAUAUGCCUGAGAACUGGAAGUCUGUUGGCUUCCAAGGGUCCGCCGCACCUACACCCGACGAUCCCUCUUUAGUUUAUAUUCCCGAGAGUGGAACCGACAAUGUUAUCGAUGAUGGUACCUCCGCCUCUCGUGUUAAGUCGCAAGAUCAGAUUUACGCGGAUACCAAGGAAGUUGCCAAGUCGGUAUACAAGGUAUAUGCCCUUCUCCGUGGAAUUGAGUGGUUUGCCGUCCUGGCCUUUUUCGGGUGUCUUGUCUUGGGCAUUGUUCUCGGUGUGAAGCGUUUCCUGCGUCGUCGUCGACAAGUUAGCUCUUAUAAGAACGUUCCCACUGAGGAAGGUCUUGAAGAUGCGGAGAGUCUUCCUGUGGAAGAGAUUCCUCUUCGCCGGAAUUCAGAUGGUUAG